AUGUGCAAGUACACGUGUCCGGACAGCCCUGCAUAAUAUAUAGCAUGCUGACUCCCUGUUUCGACGUGACCCAGGAUGAUGCGUUCAUCAUCAUUACCAUGCGUGUUCCUUUUGCAAAGGCCGCAGAGGCGGAGUUCUGUAUUGAUGGAACCUUCUUCAAGUUCUAUUGCAAGCCCUACUUCUUGAGACUCUGUUUACCCGGAGAGCUAGUGGAAGAUGGGCGCGAGAGAGCAGUACACGACAUUGAGAAAGGAACAAUAACAGUCUAUGUGCCUAAGCUGCAUGUUGGUGUCCACUUUGAAAACCUGGGCAUGAUCACAUCACUUCUCUCCAAGAAACAACCAACUUCUAAAACGCCGCAGAACCCACUCAUUGAGGUCUUACCAGGUGCUGGAGCUACAGAAGAAGAAGUGGAGGAGGAGGAGUUUGAUUGGCAGAUUGAUCAGGAAAUGCCGGUGGAAGAUAAGCCAGAACUACUUUUGGGGAAGCGCUCAUCAGCUUAUGGGUUUGCUGAGCAACACACUGCAGUGUUUAGCAAGCUCCAGCAAGAGCUGCCUGCACUAGUGGAUUGCCCUGACCCUGAUGGCAUGACAGGUCACGAGAGAAGAGUGGCCCGACUGGCCCAUGAGGAGGCCAGUUUCAACCCUCAACACUACCUUGCUGAUCUAAUGGAUGGUGCAGAGAUGAUGGAAGCCCUGUGCCAGUUCCAGCCUCCUUGGUCCCAGCAACUAGUGGCUUGGACAGACAAGAAGAAGAGGUCUGAGGGAACUACCACUACAGCUAAAGGGAAAGGCCAAAGAGAACCUGACCAGGAUAUUAUUCCAUUUACUGACGAAGAAAGGGUGCAACUGAAAGAGCUACCCAACAAAGAGUAUCUCCUGGACAAGGCAACACGGAGAACCCUGUACUUGGGCCUAGUGGAUGUAAUAUUUGCCUAUGCCUAUGACUAUCGCAUCACAGAGGGUGAACACAAUGUUGAAUCGGCAUGGAACAUCUGCAAGCUCAGCUCUACUCUUUCCUGGCUAGAGGUGUUCAGAGGGCGUGUGGAGGAAGUAAUAUACUGCAGUGCCAGGAGAUGUCUUUGCUACCCUCUCUACAGACACUGGCAGUUGGUGCAGUGUGUCCUACAUGAUACUACACAACUCUUUCUACUGGGUAAUCUACACUGAUGUGUAGCUCUUUCUGUGUAUCACAAAUACGGUGGUACAGUAUAUAGGGAUGGACAAGUUAUAUAUACCUAGGUCCUCCUUUUUAUAACUUGGUAGGGAAUAUAUACUUGCAUGUUAUAUCCUGUACAAUACCCACAGAGAACUGUUAUGAUAAGUCUCUCAUUAUUGAGUAGGACGGAGGAAGUUGCUGCAGUGUCUGCUGGACAUUAGGAGAAUUCUCAACUCCUCCGAACCAUACUAUGUAAUGAACAACCUCUACAUCACUGACUACUGCGUCUGGAUCCAGAGAGCCAGCUCAAGACACAUCCAGAACCUGGCACUUGAAUUGAAGCAGGUGAAGAUGGAGAAGAGUAGCAUGGGUUGGGAGCUGGCAGAGUUGGAGCAGGCAGCUCGUCUGGUGGCAGCAGAGAGAGACGACGAGGCCUCCACCUGUGAGUCAGGUGACUCCGCCAGUGACGAGGGAGGGACUGAAUCUAGCAGUAGCGGUGAGACUGACUCCGACAGUGAAGGAGAGACUGAAAGAAACACCAUGACCAAAUCCACACCUGGUGCUGCAAACCCUGCUAUUGAAUCUACAUCUGAUGCUGCUCGAAAUACCAGAGAGAGCUUGCCACGAGCUACAAAACACAUAAAAGCCCAGAGUCUCCCCUCACUGAACUACAACACGUCAAUGAUGAAAGCAGAAGGCACCAACUCGACCGUCUACAAGGAACAGCCCAAGGACCAGAACCCGACCACAGAAGACAGAACAGCCCAGCAUCUUUCCCCACUGGUACCUAACCACACCAGCUCUGCGAUCAAGGCAGAAAGUCAAGGCCCUGCCUCCACCCUCUGCAAGGAACAGAACCCGGAUACAGAAGACCAAACAGUCUCCCCACUGAACAACAACACCUCCACGACUGAGCACUCCAGGGACAGGGUCGUGGAGGAGCUAAGUGAAGGUCUUUGUACCUUCCUCACCAUCCACCAGCCACCCAGUCCCCAAUGCCCACCCACAACUUCCCUUGCAGGUCGGAAUCUGAUAGAGGAAC